CUGUUAAUGUCCUCUUUAUAUGGCGUGAACGUGAGAAUUUUUGAAAUCUUUUGGAAAACGAUACUCGUUGUCCAGUCUUUUGACGACCUAGUCCAGGCAAUACAUUGUUGGCUAAUAAUCCAGAGGCUUCAGCACAGUCAAGCUAAGACAUACCAAUAUAUUAUAGAAUUAUUGAUUAUUAGUUCCAGCCAUGAAGCGAAGGAAAGAGUGCCCAGUUGUGUCGUUGGACCUUUGAUAUAAAACUGUAGGUAAUAUGUCUCAAAGAUGAUAGCAGUGACGCGGAUGAAUUCAUGCUGUAUAUUUAUCUUGUUCAUAACAUCUUACCUCUUUGUUUGUUUUAUCUUUUAGAUUACUACGACCUUGUUAUAUUGCUUUAAGUUGUUACCUCCGCUAAACAAGCGUUUAGUUACAUUUGUUUCCUGACAAUAAUAUUAUAUCAGAAGUCUUUAUUUUUAGAUUAUAAUUUAACCAAACACUAGUCCCCGAAUGUGUUGUUGGAUAAGGCGUGAAAUUAAAGAUUGUGCUGGCUUUCUCAAUAAGUGUAACGAUGUGAUCUUUCUUGGGAACAAAAUAUGUCCAACUGUAAAUUUGGUUUAUUUCGGUGGAGAUGUACAAGAUUACGAACAAACAAUGCGCAAAAAUAAUUUCAGUAGUCAAUAUAUUAAAUGGAGUUUGGAAAAUACUGCUCAAAUUUUAUAUGAACGAUUCACUAAUCAAUUUAAUUGUAGUAAUCCUCAUAUAUGGAUUAUUCGACCUUCACAUUGGAUAGCUGAUGGUUCAAUAGCAUGUUAUCCUAACUUUUUACCGUUUACAAAACCCGGUAUACCAUUGUUUGAAAGUGAUGAAAUAUGCAAAUUUAGAGCAAUAAGACAUUUAAACGCUUUACUGUUGAAUGCUGUUAAACAGUUGGCUGAUGGUGAAUGUUGUGACGGGAAUUGUCAAUUGUCUAAUAUUCCAAUACGAUUGAUUGGUUUCAGUAAAGGAUGUUGUGUGCUAACUGAAUUGAUAUAUGAAUAUUCAUUAUUAUUAUGUAGUACUAAAGAAAAAUCCGGUAAUUUUAUAACAACUACUGUCAUUGGGGAAACUGAUGAACUUUGUAAAAAUCUGUCACAUGUUUAUUGGUUAGAUUCUGGACAUUCAGGUAUACAUCAUCAAUGGCCAGUUUUAAAUGACUAUCUGUCUUUAUUGAAAUCAUCUACCUGUCCUACAUUGCAUAUUCACGCAACUCCUUAUCAGAUACUGAACCGUUCCAGACCUCAGAAAUCAGCUGAUUUUCAAAAAUUUGUAAAUAUUUUGUCUGAGUGUAAUUUACCUUUCACAAAGAAGCUGCAUUUUAUGCCUGAUACUUACAAAAAUGGUGGAUCAUUGGUUGACGAUUUGGAAAAGUAUCAGGAGGAUUGUUCAUUACAGAAGCAUUUUGAAAUCUUGAACCAUUUCGAUUUUUAAAUUAUUUUACUCAUGAUUCCUCUGAUCAUUGUU